AUGUUUGGGGCGCACCCGUGCGGCGAUGCACUGCCUGCCGGAAGGGUUCGUGCUACAUGCACAAAGACGGGUCGUAGCUCGUUGCACCCGUCGAAAGGUAAACUGGACCGGAGCCGAUUGCCCGGCGGGGUCUUUGGUGUGCAUCACGGCAAGGCGGCUCGCCAAUGCAAAGCCGCCGCGUGUUGUACGGCGCGAGCGCCGCUUCCGCUGGUUGCUGCUCUAUUUUUGUUGACAUGGGCGUUGAUUGUCUCGUGUGCGGUAGAGGCGCACCACGUUUUGGCGGUGGACCUGGGUGUGGAGUGGGUGAAGGCGGCCACGCUAGGUGGCGGGAGCGGGGCCUCCAUCAACCCUGCCAUUGUCCUCAAUGACCAGGCAAACCGAAAGAGCCCGCAGUGCAUCGCCUUUCGCUUUCUGCCGUACGACACCGACGACAUACUGCAGAAGGUGGAACGGAUUUUUUUUGAGCAGGCGCUCUCACUUGAGCCACGCUUCCCUGAACAAGUCGUAUGCGGCUCCUCGCUUCUUGCGGGACGCGGAGUGUGGCGAGACGUAGUUGCUGUGAACGGCACCGGAGCUACAGGGAAGGAGGCAGGCCAGGACGCGUUGCUGCCCGAUGACACGGCAUCGCUGACGUACGCCGUGGUCCCGCACGCAUCUCGUGACAAGUUGGCUGUUCACAUCGUAGGCGGAAGGGAUAAGAAGAGUGUGUUGAAGUUUUCCGCAGAGGAGCUUGUCGGCAUGUUUUUUGCGUAUUUGAAGCGAACAGCCGAACGUGGCCUGGACGGGGAGCCGCUGCGUCACCUUGUCUUGACUGUUUCAACCCGUGCCUCUGUAGCUCAGCGGCAAACGUUUGUGGACGCUGCUGCCGUGGCGGGCUUGCGCACGGUGCGGCUUGUACACGGCAUCACUGCGGCAGCCGUGCAGCUGGCGUACCUCAACGCCGAGCAGUUGUUUGCCCCAGUGCGCGAAAAAAGUUCAAAGUACGUCAUGGUGUACGACAUGGGCAGUCGAGUGACGGAGGUUGCAGUGUAUGAGUUUGCGCAGUUCCGGCAGCAUCCAGGAACCAUCACGUUGCUGGCAGCGGUGGUGAAUGAUACACUGGGCGGCCGUGCCUUUGAUCAAUGCAUCGCCCGCUACAUCGAGCGCGAACUCUUCCCGAAGGCGAAUCCAAAGGCAAUCGAACCCGUGCUUGCUCUUUCCACCCCAGCUGCGAGAAAGGCGGCCGCGAGUUUACUGCGGGCGGUGAAGAGUGCGCGGGAACGGCUCUCCGUGAAUCAAGAGGCCCCCGUUGUCGUGCAAGGCAUUCACGAGAGUGACGGCGGUGACUUUACCACCACUAUAUCACGCGCAAGAUUUGCGCAAGAGUGCGCCCACCUCUUUGAUGAGGCGGUGCGCCUGCGGGACGCUGCAAUUGCACAGACGAAGGGUGCCGUGCCAUCGGUGCGGAACUUGACACGUUUUGAGGUGAUUGGCGGCACCACGCGGAUGCCGAAGCUGCUGGAGCGCCUCAGCGACGGCUACGGCAGGGCGGUGGAUCGCACGCUCAACAGCGACGAAGCAGCGGUGGUGGGCGCCGCGUACAUGGGCGCCGCCCGGGCGGGCAUUCCCGUCCGCGGCUUCCACGUGGUGGAGCCGCUGAUGAAUGACGUGUACUUUUCCCUCACGCCCCCGCUGCAGGACCUGGGCGCCGCGGGCACACCACCGCGUCGUGACACAAGGCAACUCCUUUUUGCCAAGGCUCGCACACUUGUGCCGGAGGUAAAGUCACUGCGGCUUAAAAACCGUACCGCCGACUUCACGCUCACAUUAGAGGACCACGGUGGCCGCUUUGCACGAUCGACGUUGAUUUACGGCGUCAACGACAGCAUUAUGACGGCGCAGUUUCUGCCGCGGCGUCGGCGUGUGGGUGGUGGGGCGGCGAGAGGCAGGCAUGAACGCUUAUCACUGGAGUACAUGGAGGUUGUGGUGGAAGUGACCGUGGCGGAGAGCGGCAUCCCGUUUGUGUCCAACGCGUACUUGCGCGUCACGUACGAGAAACGGACGGUUGCAGUAAAAAAAGACCAAACAUCACCCGGAAACAUGACGCAGAAUGAGUCUGUCGCCACAUCUUCUGCAGGGGAAAACGCGACGCAUGCCGCGGCCCCUGAGGAGUCGCAGAAACACCCGGAUCUUCGGAAGCCCGAUGAAGAAGCCGAAGAAGUAGAAGCGGGACGGUUGCAGCAGGAGCGUGAAGAGGAGGAGGCAGAAGAUAGGUGGGAGGACGCGCCUGAAAGCGGAGCGGAAAUGGAGGAUGAAGAAGAGGAAGAGGAAGAGGAAGGGGAAAAGCAGGGGGCGGCGAAAGAUAAACGCGAGGGAGACCAAACAAGGGAGAAGGACAACAACACUGGCGAUGAUGCCGUGCCGGGCGUGGGGAAUCCGUCCAAUGCGAAGGAGACGGUGACGCGUGUGGUACGCGGCUUCCCCCUGCGCUUUGCUCUGGCACCCUUCUCAGCUGGUGUUAAUCUCAACAAGAUGGAGGCGACAGCCGCACGAGAGCGUCUUGACGCCUUUCAGAGGAUUGAUGACGCGCGGCUGAUGCGGAGCGCAAUCCGCAACGACCUCGAGACCCUCAUUGUGCACUAUAAAUCCCUCGACGCCUGGGACAAGGCACCAGUAGGGGAUGCGGGCGAGGCGAACUGGCGGGAGGUUGUCAAGGAGGUGGCACAGUGGCUCGAUGACGCCGGCGAGAACGUCGAGAUAGCGGAGCUGCAGAGGCAGCAGCAGCGGGUGAAGGAGCUUAAAAUUGGGGAAACUGCGACUGGCUAA